UCUUCUCUAUCUGGUCUGCUGGGAUAUUUUCUAGAGCUCAGCUACUCGCACACUCGUUUCACUUUCAUUCCAUUAAGUAUCAUUCAUUCUUCCUUCCUUAAAUGGGAUCUCUGUUCGGACACGGAUAAAGAGAUGGCUUCGAUGACUAUUCCCACAUUCACUGCAUCGGUCAGCUCCACCGGCAGCCAUAGCCGCGUCCUCCCAGAUGUUGCCUUCCUCAGAAGCUCUUUCCUCCCCGUCCGCGCGCCUCCUCGGCUUCUCUCUCCCACAAAUUGCAAGUCCAUUCUGUGGAAAUCGCGUAACCAGAACACUGCCAAGAAGAUCUGCUGCAGCUUGCUUAAGUUAGAAAACGAGAAUGAUGAAGCGUGUGAGUUGGUCAGCGGGAUGGAGAUCACCUUGGGAGAGGAUGGCAGUGAUGGCAUCCCCGCUUAUCUCUUCAAGGCUGUGAAGAACAAUAAUGGAGCUGGGAUAUUGCUCUUGUCCGAUAUAUUCGGAUUCGAAGAUUCAUUCACGAGGGACUUUGCUUAUCGCGUUGCCUGCAAUGGCUACAAUGUUCUGGUUCCCGACUUGUUUCGUGGUGAUCCAUGGAGAAAGGACCGGCCAAGUAGCACAUUCGAGCAAUGGAUAUCGAGCCAUUACCCCGAGAGGAUGGCAAAGGACAUCGCAAUUUCAGAGAAAUGGAUGGUCGAUGAAUACUUAGCUGCAGGAAUCUCAAAGAAGCUCGGCAUAAUUGGGUUCUGUUUUGGAGGUGGCCGUGUAAUCGAAGUUCUUGCUAAAGACCAAGGAGCUCAUUUUGGUGUUGGAGUCUCCUUCUACGGUACAAGAAUAGACCCAUCUCUCGGUCCCAAGAUAAAGGCGCCUGUUCUGUUCAUCUCCGGGGACGAGGACCCGCUCUGUCAAGUCAGUGUCUUGGAAGAUCUUCACAAGGGUAUUGAAGGUUCGAAAGUGGUGAUAUUCAAGGGAAGAGGCCACGGCUUUGCUCAUCGGCCUCAGUCUCCCGAAGAAGAUAAAGAUGCAGAGCAGGCUUUUCUGAUCAUGAGGAAUUGGCUGUGUGAUGAAUUGGUUGUAAAUAAAUGAGUCUGCAAUUAGAACCCUGUAACCCCUCAUUUCCGUUCUUGGCUGUUUAGACAAACGGCAGUAGCAGACAAUAAGGAAAAGGCUCCAUAGUAAUGUUGUUUCGCAUUACCGAAAUUACUUGAAUUGGUUCAAAAGGGACAACGAUAGUCAUUCCCUGAGUAUGAUUUUGAUCAGGAUAACAAUCCCGAGGAUGUUGACUCCA